AUGCAUUCCUCAAACACACUAAGCCUGCUCCUGGCGGCUUUCUCUGGUUAUGCUUCUGCCCUUCCCCAUUACCCUCCCCCUCCUGUUCCUGGCGAUCAUCAUCCUCCUGGCCCUCCAAGUCCUCGAGGACCUCCCAGUCCUCCUCCCCCUCCCCCUCCUCCCGCUCACGGUCCUCCCCACGUUUCCCCUCCAGGCGUUCCUACUGCUCAGGUCUGCAACGGAACUUACCAGGGCAAGCAUGACACCACGUAUGAUCAUGAUCUGUUCCUUGGCAUGCCCUAUGCCCAACCUCCCGUAGGCCCAUUGCGUUUCUCCGCGCCCAAGUCUCUUGAUAAAGCCUGGAAGGGACCUCGAUCUGCAACUGAGUUCGGAUGGAUGUGUAUUGGUUACGGCUCUGAUACCCAGAGCCUUGGUAACCCCGUCAAUGAGGACUGCUUGACCAUUAACAUCGUACGACCUUCUGGUGUCAAGGCCGGAGAUGGGCUACCUGUUGGUCUUUGGGUUCAUGGAGGCAGCUACACCAACGGCGGUUCCCGAGACCCCAGGUACAACCUGAGCUACAUCGUUGAUCAAUCCGUCAAGGAGGGUAAGCCUAUUGUCGCUGCCUCCAUCAACUACCGCGUGUCGCAAUGGGGUUUCCUCUUCAGCGAGGAGAUGCAGAAGGAGAAUGCCGGUAACUUGGGCUUCAAGGAUCAGCGCAUGGCCAUGAGAUGGCUCCAGGACAAUGUUGCGGCCUUCGGUGGUAGCCCCGACAAGGUCACUGUCUGGGGAGAGUCUGCUGGCGCUCGAUCCCUGGGUAUGCAGCUCGUCGCUUACGAUGGUCAGCACGACAACCUCUUCCGUGCUGCUGUUCUCGAGUCUGGUAGCCCUGUUGCUCUGUUCAACGAUGCUUCUGACUGGCAGGGGUACUACGACGCCCUCGUCAAGAAGACUGGAUGUGAUUCUGCCUCCGACAACCUUGAGUGUCUUCGUGGCCUCCCUUGGGAGACCCUCAACAACAUCUUCAACAACACGACCCCUCUCGACGUCACCGCCCCUACUCUCACUGCUGUUAUCGACGGUGACUUCAUGACCGCCCAGGCUUCUAAGCUCCUUCUAGCUGGCAAGUUCGCUCACGUUCCUCUUCUCAUGGGCAACAACUUCGAUGAGGGCACUGCCUAUGGUAAGAAGGGCAUCAACACUACCGAGCAGUUCCAGUCUUGGCUCUCCAGCCUCGGCCUCACCGAGACUCAGGUCGCUACUGCUACUACUCUGUACCCUGAUAUCCCCGAUGAAGGCAUCCCCGCAUCUUUCGUUGGUCGUCCUACAAACGAGUAUGGCUCCCAGUGGAAGCGUGUCGCCGCAUUCGCUGGUGACUUCCAGCAGCACGCCGGACGACGUCUCUUGGCCCAGGUCUACUCCACCUCUUCCAUCCCCGUCUUCUCCUACCUCUGGAACGUCUACGUCAACGGCCUUCCCGCCAUCCUCGGAGCUACCCAUUUUCAGGAGGUUGCUUUCGUCUUCAACAACAUCAAGGGUGUCGGCUACAAGCCCAACCCCUUCGAGGGCAAGCCUGAGACUUUCGUUGAGCUUGCUGACCUCAUGAGCAAGAUGUGGGUUUCUUUCAUGCACGACUUGACCCCCAACACUGUCGAAACUGCUCCCAGCCAUGUUACCUGGCCUCAGUACUCGCUUGCGGAGCCUCUCAACAUUGUCUUCGAUGUCAACAAGACUGACCUCAGCUACACUGCUGUUGACAACGUUCGAAAGGAGCAGGUUGCUUUCCUUCUAGACAGUGUCUUUGCUUAA